GGCGAGCACUGGCCGCUCACCAGUGCCGAUCAUCGCGUUACCGCUCGCGAAAGUGAAUUCGAUAUUUCAUAAUAUUACUCCACUAUUAUUAUUAUAUUUUUUUUCGAGUGAUUUAAACAUCGCCGUAUCUUAUACGUCACUACUACAAUUAAAUUUUAUUAGACGCGGUCCUCGUCAAGAUGAAGAUCUGUCUGCUCACUUCCGUCUUACUCAUCGCCGCAUAUCAAGUUCACGGCCAAAGAGAAGAGUUCAAGUGCCCGGACGACUACGGGUUCUACCCACACAGCUCAUCGUGCGACAAGUACUGGAAGUGCGAUAACAACGUGGCCGAGCUUAAGACUUGCGGUAAUGGUUUGGCGUUCGACGACACCGACCCCAAGUACUUGAAAGAGAACUGUGAUUACUUACACAACGUUGACUGCGGUGCUAGAUCACAAUUGGAACCUGCCAUCAGCACACCUCACUGCCCUAGAUUAUACGGAAUCUUCCCAGAUGACGUCAAAUGCGAUACCUUCUGGAACUGUUGGGGAGGUGAGGCUAGUAGAUACCAAUGUUCUCCCGGUCUUGCUUACGAUCGCGAAUCCAGAGUAUGCAUGUGGGCUGACCAAGUACCGGAAUGCAAAGUUGAAGAGGUAGCAAACGGUUUCAACUGCCCGGCCGCUGGCGAAGUAUUGGCUUCCGUGGGAUCUUUCAGCAGACACGCUCACCCAGACGACUGCAGGAAAUACUACAUCUGCUUGGAAGGCACACCAAGAGAAUACGGUUGUCCCAUCGGCACAGUUUUCAAGAUCGGUGAUGCCGACGGUAGUGGAAACUGUGAGAACCCCGAAGACGUUCCCGGAUGUGAGGACUACUAUGGUGACUUGGACCUGAAGGCAAUCAGGAAGAGUGAAUUAUUGUCCGGAUUAGACAACAAGUCGAAACAAUCAUCGUCGGCGGAGUCUAAGCCAGCACCAGCGGCACCCAAGGCACAGCCACAGAGACAACAGCAGUCCAACAGGCCGCAACCCCAACAACAGCAGUCCAGCAGGCCACAACCCCAACAACUCCCCGUCUCCCCGCAGUCAUCCAAAGACUACGAAGACGCUUAAAAAAGAAGAGACGGCAGCAGCGGCGUAACUCGCCCGCGGUGACGGACCAAAUACACAAACAUGCAAACAUACUGACUUAUUGAGUUUUUUUUUAUAAAACUUACGGUUUUUGAAUUGCGUGAGCACCGAAUUUUCUCUCCCUCCCCCCUCCAAACUGCAUACUACCUGCCCGACGCAUAUAGAAAUAACGACUUAUAUAUAGAGGAUUUAUAUACAGGUGCUCACACAAUUUAAUACGUUUUUUUUUUUUAAUUAUUAUUAUACCUAAUAUUAUUUUGUGUCCUUUUUUUAUACGCUUUUUUUUUUAAUCGACCGUAAUUCGAUCGAAUAUUCCGUCCGUUUCCCUGCCCCCUGUGUAAUUUAUCCCUGUUCCCAUGAUUAAUUGUAAACAGUUACGGUAAACACAUUAAUGCGACAGCGGCAGCAGCUGCAGCCGCAAAUUGCUACUUUUACUGCUGCCCCUGGGCGUUCCUAUCACCAAUACACAUUUUUGUUAAUAUAAUUAUUUUCGUAUUUAAGUGCAAAAAUCAAAAAAAAAAAAAUAUAUAUUUAACUACCCGAAUGCUUAUUCACAACACAAU